AUGUCCGACUCGCUAGAUCUAGCCAUCUGCUCAACCUGUGGAACGCAGUAUCCUACAACAUGCGAAUCGUCGUGUAAGAUCUGUGACGAUCCGAGGCAGUUCAUUCCUGCGACUGGACAAUCCUGGACAACACUCCGCGCUCUCCAAAGCUCCACAACAUAUCAUAAUGAAUUCAUCCCUGAUUCAGUUCACAAGGAUUUAAUCUCCAUUCACACCGUCCCGAGAGUGGCCAUCGGUCAGCGCGCCUUACUAUGUCGCACGCCUACUGGGAAUCUCCUCUGGGAUUGCAUCACCUAUAUCGAUGACGAGACCGUCGCCAAGAUCAACGAGCUGGGCGGGUUGAAAGGUAUAGUUAUCUCGCAUCCGCAUUUCUACACGACGCACCUCCACUGGGCGGAGGUCUUUGACUGUCCUGUUUACUUGGCUCGGGAGGAUCGAGAGUGGGUGGUGCGCACGGGCGAGAGGCAGGUUCUUUGGGAUUCGUCACGGUUGUCGGUUUCGGGGAUGGAUGCGGAUUUGGUGGCUGUGAAGACCGGGGGGCAUUUUCCUGGGAGUUCGGUGCUUUGGUGGAGGUCCUUGAGGGUGUUGUUGGUUGCGGAUUCGAUCGGGGUGGUGCCGAGUGGGAUUUAUCAUGUUGGGAGGUUGCCGGGGACUGUGUCGUUUACUUUUAUGUGGUCGUAUCCUAAUAUGAUACCUCUACCGCCGGAUGAUGUGCAUCACAUCUGGAAGGCCGUCAAGGAUGUGGAUUUUGACGAUAUCCGUGGCGGCUUCAUGGGAACGGAUGUAACCGGCAAUUGUAGACAGCGUGUGCUAGAGAGUGCUAAGAUCUUUGUCAAGUCCAUGGGAUAUUUCGACCAUGCAAUUCACGAGGAACAAUGUCUUUAA